AUGUCUCUUCAGGCUCGCAAGAUUGCCAUUGUCGGCGGAACUGGCACGGUUGGCUCUCGCACCUUGACCUCCCUCCUCGACAAGAACAUCCACACCAUCACGGCCAUCUCCCGCAACUUCCUCGUCUCUUCCCUCAAAGGCCAGGAUGUUCUCAUCCUACAGCUCAACCCCAUGGCCAUGGGCGUCCAGGAAUCGUUCAUCCGCGCCGCGGCCAAAGCAGGCGUGCCAUACAUCCUCCCCACGGAAUUCGGCACCGACAUUGAAGCUCUGGACUUGACCCGCGAGCAACCCAUCAUAUCGGGGAAGAAAGCCUUGCGAGACCUCGUGGAGCAGCUUGGAGUUAGCAGCUGGAUCGCCGUGGUCAACAACCUCUGGUUCGACUGGUCCCUCAAGAUGAACUGCUGGGGCAUCAAUGUCAAGGAGCGCAAGGCCGAGAUCUGGAACGGCGGCAGCAUCAAGGCUAACACGUCGACCCUCAAGCGUGUCGGCGCUGCUGUGGCUGAGCUCCUUAGCCGACCCGAGGAGGAGCUCUCUGCGUACAAGAAUAAGCCGUUCUACGUCAGCUCCUUCUUUAUCUCACAGAGGGAGAUGUUCGAGAGCGUGCAGCGUGUUACUGGGACUACUGAUGCGGAUUGGGAGAUCAAGGAGAAGGAUAUUUACGAGUUUGGGAGAGAGUGUGACGAGAGGCUCCAGAAGGGGGAUAUGAUGGCUGCCCUUGAGAAGCUGUCGUCUUUGCUGCUUCGGGAGAGACUCGGAGGAAACUAUAACCACAAAGUGGUUGACAUGGAACGGUUUGGGCUCCAGCAGGAGGAUCUGGAUGAGGUUGUCAAGGGGGCUGUCGAACCUGCGCAGGUAACACGGACAUUACUUUACUUUUGA